AUGCAUUGGCUGGUGUCACAGAGCCUUUUCUUGGCACGAAUUCGUGCCAUAACCACAGACGGGAGUGACGAUGAUGUCAACUCUUUCUCGACAUGUGGCUAUAGUCCUAUAGCUGUGUUUGUCACAUUGCUUGCGGGGCUCCUUCUCGUCAUCAUUAUCAUCGGUAUGGGGCUGCGACGCUAUGAUGGCACAAUGCCAAUGGUGUCGACCAAUAGUCUGGCAAUAAGUGCUGCUUGUCACGUCCUGCAGGAAGAUCAGGAUGGCGGCUAUCUGCUACCUGUUCAGUGGGGAGUUCUCAGUAUGACUGGGGGCGUUGGGAAGUGUGCUUUCACUACAGCGGCGGUCAACACGGUCAAGCUCCCAGAGAACGGCCCAGAUCGAGUCUACAAGUGA